AUGUCGGAGUUUGAGACAGAAUAUUUCAUUACUAUCGCCCAAGUUUGUGCUUUCCGCAGUAAAGACCCUAAUACCCAAGUAGGAGUAGUGAUAGUUAACAAAAACAAAGAAAUAAUUGCUACCGGCUAUAAUGAAACUAAAUAUCCUUAUGUGGUUCACGCGGAGGCGAAUGCCAUAAUUCAUGCUCGCCAAGACUGUCAUGGCUUUUCUCUUUAUACUACCCUUUUUCCUUGUUGUGAAUGUGCUAAAUUAAUUAUCCAAGCCGGGAUUAAAAAAAUUUUCUAUUCUAAUGAUAAAUAUAAUGAAAAAGAAGAAGUGAUUGCCGCUAAAAGAAUGUUAAAAGACGGCGGGGUAGAAUUCAACAAAAAAGCCCUCAGUGCUAGCACCCUCACUCGCUUUUUACGCGAAGAGGAAUACAAAGAAAUACCCAAAUAUAUUCUUUUAAAAGCGGCAGAGAGAGGCAAAAUUUUUCACGAAAUUAUUCAAGAUUUUAUUCAGACUGGCAAUCACCCUCCUUUUGUUGAUUCAGUAGUGGUAGCGAAAAAUUUAAGCAAGUUAGAACAGAAAGUUCGUGAAACAAUUAAUUUUCUCAAAAAAAGCAAAACCUUAGAAUUUGAUGGUUUUUUAGGCAAAGAAAAAUUGCAUUACGUUUUUUAUAAAGGUGAAUUACUAGCAACCUAUCUUGAUUUGGAAUUUCAAGAUUACAUUAUAGAAUUGAAAACUAGCAAUAUUAAGGCAAAUGAUAGUCCGUUGGCUUUGCUAAUUUUUGAAAUUCAAUUACUUAUUCAAUAUUUGUGUACCGUGUCGGAUUAUUCUUUGAAAAUAUUGGAUGUACUUAUUGAAUUUGCUCGGAAUGAGGAUAACUAUUCACCAACUAUAAAAAAAGCUGUUAUUCAAGAGAUAAUGGAUAAAUACUAUUUGCCGAAAAAACUAAUAAAAUUAGACCAAGGUUAG